UGUUUUCUCUCGCUCGCGUCGCAUGCCUCAACUCGCUCGCAGCAUCCUGCGCGAAACAAAAGGCCCACGCGGCACCCAACUUAAGGAGCGCCUUUGCAGAUAGGCGACCGAUUUGUUAGAUUACACGGCUGGGAGCUGACAUACAAAAAGAGCGAUGAAUGGGAGGUAAAUGAAGCACUUGCCGAUAGACUCAUUUCAAUCCUAUUUGGGUGUGCAUAUUAAAGGUUGCUCCCUUGAACUCGGCUCUUCUUUUGGCUGCACGCGCACGCCUGCAGGUUCUUUGUGCCUGCUGCUCCUGAAUCGGAUUGGGAGGAGCUACAUGAGAACGUUUCAUUGAAAAGUCAUUGAAAAAGAACAUUCGCCCGCACGGGAGACCGUGUCAAACGUUCUUAUUCGUCGGGCGACGUCGGGAGCAUUUUGGGUGAGAGGCCUCGCGUGAAGUGCAGCGUGCUGAGAAAGAAAACACACGCGCAAUGACAGCAUCGGCGGUGACGCUGGCGUGAAGCGAAGCUCUGACGCGCUCGGCUCGCGCACACAUAUAAAGCCCAGUGCGCACCAGGCGCACUUCAGAUCAGAGGAGACGCAACCACAUUGCGCACAAGACACCCUGAGAACACCCUGGAAAUUAUGCAUUCUAACUUUGUCAGCUGGGUGGGGGCCCUGGGGUUCCUGCUGUGGGCGCUGCUGUGCCUGGGCACCCUGACAAACGGCUACCCGGUGAAACCGGAGAAUCCCGGGGACGACGCCCCCGCCGAGGACCUGGCCAAGUACUACUCAGCCCUGAGACACUACAUCAAUCUCAUCACAAGACAGAGGUAUGGCAAGAGGUCCAAUCCCGAGAUACUGGACACGCUGGUCUCAGAGCUGUUGAUGAAGGAGAGCACAGACGCUCUUCCACAGUCAAGAUACGACCCGUCAUUGUGGUGAAAAGGUCAUCAGGCGGGGGCCGGGGGCCACCUCCACGUCUAAACGUCAUGUCGUCGCACGCGUGCCGAAAAGGACCACCCCGCCGCUCCUCCACCUCGCCCAUCCGCUACCAAUCCGCUGCUUCGUACCAUCAAAUUGUAAAUAUUCGACCCACAGUCUUCAUCUGUGAAUGUUGAAAGUAAA